UCCCGAGAAGCGCUUUGACUGAAUCAUCCUGGAAGGAAAUGUGGUAUCCCACUAGGCGUCUCCUUUCUGGGUACCCUAUACCGAACAGGACGGUGUUCCUAGCCCGGCCGGCAUUCAGCUGCCGUCUUUGACGGUGGUUGGGGAUAGAGAGCUUGGUCCUGUUCUUCUCAUGUUCCACGGGGGCGGAUUUGUGCUGGACCAUGCGGCGAUGAACCACUGGGACCAGAUCAACGACUGCCUGGAAAGGGGCUGGAUUGUACUCUCGCUGGCGUAUCGCCUCUGCCCGGGAGUGAACGUUCUGCAGGGUCCUAUGGCGGAUGCGCGCGCAACACUGCAAUGGGUGCAAGAGGGAGGGCUUGCUAGCGCACUAUACGCGCACCGAACUCUAAGUCAGCCCAAUUACAAUCAAGGGAUAGCUAGGGGGACGUCUUCCGGGGGUCACUUGGCGCUCUCCUUGGUACUGCCGCGUCCUCCAUUGGCAGUUCUAGACUUCUACGGUGCCAAGGAGUGCACCGACGACUUCUGGCACCAACCCAUCGAGAAGGUGCGAUCUCAGCUCGACCAAGCGCCAGCUCUGGAUAAACCGAUCCUCGGGCCUCUUUUCCAAGUAAAGACGACUCUUCGCGGUGGUAUGUCCUUGGAAGGGCAAUCUGCAGCCCCAGGUGACUCUCCGUCAGCUUCAGAUGCUUGGCGACCAUUUGCCCUCAGAUCCAUAGCCGAAGGGCGAGUGCUGGAAAAAACUCGCCUUCGAGUGUCUGGCAUUCAGACCCGGCUGAUCCUCGUGCCUGGAAAACAUCAUACAUUUGUGGGGCAAAUGAAGAAAGAAUCUGCGACAUGGUGGAGACAACGAGAGAGGUUUGACUUCUUGCAGGAGGUGUUAGACAGUGCCUACUACGUAUAA